AUGUCUCAACUGCGGGAACACUUGGACCCUCUCCGCCGCUUCAGCUCCUGUUAUGGAAGCACGGACCGUUCUAACAACACUGCUAUCGUUCCGACUAUUGAUUCAGUAUUCAACUUCCGUGAUAAUUGGAAGAGCCCACAACAAACUACUCAAAAACUGAAAAGAGCUUCGGCAAAACGCAAUGAAUGGAUGGAGGUUACUUCUCCUCGUUGGAUUAAGGAUGACGGAUCUUCCUUGUACGUUAUUGUCCACACAAGUACCAACUGUGCUAUCGGAUCGCCGCUAUGUGUCGAGACAGGUCUUUACGAUGGGUACGAGCAUCUCCGAAACGUCUCGUUCAACUCUACAAGUAUGGAUGUAAUGAACGGGAAUGUGCGGGGCAAAUCCGAAGGCCCACUCAGUUUCGCCUCACAAUUGAUGUUUGGUGAUUUAAUUGGUGUCUUGAAGACCGGAUUUGUCGAACUGUUGGAUUGGAAGACGAAACAACCGACUGGUCAGAGAGUUCACGUAGCCUUGGAAUAUUACGUCGUCCAGCGGGAAAUCGAGUAUGGAGUCGCUCUCGCCGUCAGAACAUCACAAGGUUUCGACUUGUACAAAUCUUUUGGUGAUCAAUCGUUACCUCCCUGCUCUAUUCCGGAAAACAUCUUCCUGUCAAAACUCAAUACACCUUCUCACUUACCCGAGGAAUUUGGUGCAAUGUUGAAAACGACUCAGUCGAAACAAGUUUCUAAUUUACCGGACGUUUUUCUUGUUUAUGCGGAACUGUUUAUGCCACAUCGGAAAUGCCACAGGCUUGCCAAUAGUUUCAAAGCAGCAUCAUCUACUUCUUCACAGCUUCUCACUGACAUCGCCAAGCUCACAUCAGAGGAUGUUGCAAAUUACCUUCCCUACAGCCCAACCCCUCACGUCGUUACGGCCAAACUGCUGGAUCCCCUCCAUGUUUGUCUUCAGUCGCCAACCCGUUCCAUUGCAAUGCAUGCACUUAAAGCACUCCGUUCGGCAAAACGUCAAAGCGGUUCCUCGAACUUCCAAGAUUGUCGCUUGAUCGACACUUCUGUGUCAGGAUGGCAACUCGCUGAAAACGGAUCCCUCUAUCUCGAAGUUUCGGUUACGGCUGCUAUUUCGCCUGCAGUUUUCGGUGUAGGCACAAUUGUUAAAUUGCUAGCGAUAUUAAACGAACCCGUUAUCGGAAAGAUUGUCAAAUUGUUUGUGACAAACGACGUCAAAACUCUGACAAUUUUGAUUAACAAAACUUGUGGGAUGAACGAAGAAGUUUCUGAUGAAUUCGAAGACAACAUGGAGGAAAAAAUGUCAAUUGAGUGGAAAGCACUUGUGCGCAUCGUAACUGAAACAGGAAAAUGCAUUCCAAUGCUCAAACUGGACUUCAAGAACACCUUUGACACUUUGAUGUCUGGAGAGAAACGAUUGGUUCGAACGGAACUCGGUGAUUAUUUGAUGAAGGGACUGGUCGAUACGUCACAUUCCAUGUACUAUGGAUUCCCAUCGCCAAAUCUGAAACCUCGAGUACCUUCGGAACGUCUUUAUGGAUCUGACACCUCAACUUCAGAAACUCUUUCCACCUAUCAGAUUGUACCUUUUACUCGUUGUUUGAACCGAAAUCCAAGCCACGAAGAACUCGUGUUCUACCAAGCUAUUCUCGAUCCAAACAUCAUGGUUCACCUUCAUGAAUCACCAGUAGGCUCUGGUAAAACCACUGUCCUGGCGGCUGCUGUCAAAGCACGUUUGAUGGUUCAGAAAUCAUGUAGGGUUGCUCUGACUGCUAUGACCAACUCCGCAGUCGUUGCUCUACUCACUGUUUUCGAGUUUCCCACUCUCUUCACCUCUAAAGACGUGUCGAAAGAAGAUGUUCGACCACUUGUCGUUCAAGCAAAGAAUUGGAAAACUGCGAAUGGAAUUCCGACUCACCCGUUUGACUGGAAAGAGAUUAUUAAGAAAUGUUUCUCUCACCAACUGCAGAAUUUUGAUAUGACGACCGUCUCAGACGAAGCAUAUUCCACAAAUAUAAAGUCGAUGUUUGUAUACCUCCGAAACAACACCAUCAUUGCACUUGCUGCUUUGCUAGGAAAAGAGAAAUACGACUAUCUCUCUAAAUUGAAGUGUCGAGAACUAAACAAGAAAGAGCUCGUCAAAUAUUUCUUCGACUCUUACAAGCCUAACCUCCUUUUCUCAACGAUGGAUUCACUUGUCAACUUCACUACGUACCUUCCAGCUGAUUGCAUGCCGAGCCUUAUCGCAAUAGACGAAUCAACAAUGAUUCAGCCCAGUGAUCUAACACUAUUUGCAUCUAAAAUGCAAUCAAUGAGCUUCGAAUCUAUCGAGUUCGUUUUGGUUGGAGAUCACAAGCAGUUGAAUCCAUAUAAUUCGGUUGCCAGUUUGUCACCAUUGACUGUUUCACCGAACGUAAUGUUGAUGAACUACGAUGCAAUGGUUACUCGAUUCACUGUUGUUCAUCGUUGUCACCCUGAUGCCACUGAACUCAUUUCUAAGGUGUUUUAUGGAGGGUUCCUAGUAUCUGGAAAAGAUAUUCAACAAACUUACAUCCAGCACAACCUCACAGGAAUUACAUUCCGAAAGCCCAAAGUUAAAGCGUACAGCUACGUUCCGAAUGCUACCAGUAGCGCUGCUGUUGCUCAAAGUAGGUGUAAUUCAUCCGAAGCCCACUUCGUCGUCGAAUACGCAAAAAAGUUGAUAUACUUGAAUGGAAUCAAACCGUCCCAAAUUUCUGUAAUUACACCGUAUACGGCUCAAGCAGAACUACUUGAGAAGCUUCUGCCGCAAGGAAUCAUAUGCUCCACGUGUCGAAGAUAUCAGGGAUUAGAGAACGACAUCGUUCUUCUCAGCUGCUGCCACACCGGUGGAAAGCUUGAAACUCAUCAUAAUGUUGGAAUGGAAGGAGACCUCUUCCUCGAAGGCUUUCAAGUUCAAGCUAGUGAAAACGGAAAAUCCAAUUUCAAACUGAUCGAUGAUGAUUCACUGAUUUUGGUGUCUCUGACCCGUUCCAAACACUUCACUACCAUCUUUGGAAACGAUCAAUUCCUCCGCUCAAUUCCACGUUGGAAAUCCAUUCUCGAACUUAUUCUUGCAUAA